UCUCUCUCUCUCUCUCUCUCUCAUACACACUCUUUUUCUUUCUUUUUUCUGUUUUGGUUAGCUUCAAAGUUAUAAUCGCAUCAUCUACGUGGAAACUCAAUCAUGAAAAACCUCUCCGCUCAUUUUUCCCACAUCAUAGCCAUCCUUCUAACGCAACCUUCUUAAUUCUCUCUGUAUAAAUACCUACGCCAAGCUUUCGCCAAAACACAAAAAACCCAAUAGAGCAAAACAAAGAAAAAGAACAAAAAAACUCCCCACAUUAUUCCAUUUUAAUAUGGCAUACAAUAUUACUAGGCUUCUCUCACUUGUUUCUCUUCUUCUGUGUCUUUCUUUUUGCACCAUUGGAGUUGUCCAUGCUCGUCCACCCUUUGCUUGUGACCCUCACAACCCAAUAACCAGAGGCCUGAAGUUCUGCAGGGUGACGGUGCCAAUCCAUGUUAGGGUUCAGGACUUGAUCGGACGGUUGACAUUGCAGGAGAAGAUCAGGCUGCUGGUGAACAAUGCUAUUGCUGUGCCCAGGCUUGGCAUUCAGGGCUACGAGUGGUGGUCUGAGGCACUUCAUGGUGUAUCCAAUGUGGGCCCUGGAACCAAGUUUGGUGGGGCCUUCCCUGGGGCCACCAGCUUCCCUCAAGUCAUCACCACCGCUGCUUCAUUCAACGAGUCUCUCUGGCAGGAAAUCGGACGGGUGGUGUCUGAUGAGGCAAGGGCAAUGUACAAUGGAGGGAUGGCUGGCUUGACAUAUUGGAGCCCAAAUGUGAACAUAUUUCGUGACCCGAGAUGGGGCAGAGGCCAAGAGACUCCUGGUGAAGACCCUGUCUUGGCUGCUAAGUAUGCUGCUAGGUAUGUCAAGGGGCUCCAAGGCGAUGGAGCUGGCAAUAGGCUUAAGGUUGCUGCAUGCUGCAAACAUUACACUGCCUAUGAUCUCGACAACUGGAACGGUGUCGAUCGCUUCCAUUUCAAUGCCAGGGUUAGCAAGCAGGACUUGGUGGACACAUAUAACGUGCCUUUCAAAGCCUGUGUGGUGGAAGGGAAUGUUGCUAGUGUUAUGUGCUCCUACAACCAGGUGAAUGGGAAGCCUACUUGUGCUGACCCUGAUCUCCUCAAGGGCACAAUCCGCGCCCAAUGGAGACUUAAUGGGUAUAUUGUGUCGGACUGUGAUUCAGUUGGUGUUCUAUAUGACGAGCAACAUUACACCAGGACACCAGAAGAAGCAGCCGCUGACGCAAUUAAAGCAGGUUUGGACUUGGACUGUGGGCCGUUCCUCGCAAUCCAUACUGAGAUGGCCGUAAGAAGGGGACUCGUAAGCGAGCUUGAAGUUAACUGGGCCUUGGCAAACACGAUGACGGUCCAGAUGAGGUUGGGUAUGUUCGACGGUGAACCAUCGGCACAGCAAUACGGAAACCUAGGCCCAAGAGACGUGUGCACCCCGGCCCACCAACAGCUAGCCCUUGAAGCUGCUAGGCAAGGCAUUGUUCUACUGGAGAACCGUGGGCGUUCACUUCCUCUCUCACCCAGAAGCCACAGGACAGUAGCAGUAAUUGGGCCCAAUUCUGAUGUUACUGUCACAAUGAUUGGAAAUUAUGCUGGUGUUGCAUGUGGUUACACUACACCCCUACAAGGAAUUGGGAGGUACACAAGGACCAUACACCAAGCUGGGUGCACAGAUGUUCAUUGCAAUGGAAACCAACUAUUUGGUGCUGCUGAGGCCGCAGCAAGACAGGCUGAUGCAACUGUCUUGGUAAUGGGCCUUGACCAAUCAAUUGAAGCCGAAUUCGUAGACCGAGCCGGUCUCCUUUUGCCCGGACACCAGCAAGAGCUAGUGUCCAGAGUGGCCAGGGCCUCUAGAGGCCCAACCAUCUUGGUCUUGAUGUCUGGUGGCCCAAUUGAUGUCACGUUCGCAAAGAACGAUCCACGCAUUAGCGCUAUUAUUUGGGUUGGGUACCCUGGCCAAGCCGGAGGAACUGCCAUAGCUGAUGUUAUAUUUGGUACCACAAACCCAGGAGGAAAGCUUCCCAUGACAUGGUACCCCCAAAACUAUGUAACCCAUUUGCCAAUGACAGAUAUGGCCAUGAGGGCAGACCCAGCAAGAGGCUACCCUGGCAGGACCUACAGGUUCUACAGAGGCCCAGUUGUCUUCCCAUUUGGUCUGGGUUUAAGCUACACAACUUUUGCCCACAAUCUGGCACAUGGCCCCACAUCGGUCUCUGUGCCUCUCACCAGCCUAAAAGCCACCACAAACUCAACCAUGCUCAGCAAAGCUGUGAGAGUGAGCCACGCGGACUGCAAUGCACUCUCCCCGCUGGACAUACACGUGGAUGUUAAAAACACUGGGUCCAUGGAUGGGACCCACACUCUACUAGUGUUCACAACCCCACCAGAUGGAAAAUGGGCCGCCAGCAAGCAGCUGGUGAGCUUUCACAAGAUCCAUAUAGCAGUCGGGUCGGAGAGACGGGUCAGGAUUGCUGUUCAUGUGUGCAAGCACCUCAGCGUUGUGGACCGGUUUGGGAUCCGAAGAAUUCCACUGGGUGAACACAAGCUUCAAAUCGGUGACCUCAGCCAUCAAGUCUCCCUUCAAGCCAAUUUGGGAGAAAUUAAGGUUUAGGGGCUAUCAAAAAACCCAAAAAAAAAAAAAGAUAGUGACACCCAAUAUUAUAUGGCUAGCAUUUUAGUCCCUAGUCUUUCUUUUUUCAAAAUUACAGAAUAGGAAAUAGAAAAGCAAAUUUCCACUGUACAAAUAAAGGAAAGACGGUCCAAGAAAGAAAUAUUUAUUAAUGAACCGUAAGGUUUUAAUAAAAAUAGUCAUUUUGAAUCA